GCCUUAUACAAGCCUCCUUCAAGCCCUCAGUCAGUUGUGCAGGAGAAAGGGGGCGGUCGGCUUUCUCCUUUCAAGAACGAGUUAUUUUCAGCUGCUGACUGGAGACGGUGCACGUCUGGAUACGAGAGCAUUUCCACUAUGGGACUGGAUACAAACACACGCCCGGCAGACUUAAAGAGUCUCAGACUGAGGAGAAAGCCUUUCCUUCUGCUGCUCCCGCUGCUGCCGCUGCUUUUGAGGGUCCACUCCGUUCAUGGUUUUUCCUGCCAGACCAGAGUCACCUUCGCUGCUGCCGUCCUUCUCUCUGGUGUCAUUCAGAGGCUGGCCAGAGGAUGAGACUCCCCAAACUCCUCACUUUCUUGCUUUGGCACCUGGCUUGGCUGGACCUGGAAAUCAUCUGCACUGUGUUGGGUGCCCCUGACUUGGGCCAGAGACCCCAGGGGGCCAGGCCAGGCUUGGCCAAAGCAGAAGCCAAGGAGAGGCCCCCUCUGGCCCGGAGCAUCUUUAGGCCAGGGGGUCACAGCUAUGGUGGGGGGGCCGCCGCCAAUGCCAGGGCAAAGGGGGGCACCGGGCAGACAGGAGGCCUGACACAGCCCAAGAAGGAUGAACCCAAAAAGCUGCCCCCAAGAUCGGGCGGCCCUGAACCCAAGCCAGGACACCCUCCCCAGACAAGGCAGGCGGCAACGCGGACGGUGACCCCAAAAGGACAGCUUCCUGGGGGUAAGGCACCUCCAAAGGCAGGAUCUGUCCCCAGCCCCUUCCUGCUGAAGAAGGCCAGGGAGACCAGGCCCCCUCAAGAGCCUGAGGAGCCGUUCCGCCCGCCCCCCAUCACGCCCCACGAGUACAUGCUCUCGCUGUACAGGACACUGUCUGAUGCUGACAGAAAGGGAGGCAACAGCAGCGUGAAGUUGGAGGCUGGCCUGGCCAACACCAUCACCAGCUUUAUUGACAAAGGGCAAGAUGACCGAGGUCCUGUGGUCAGAAAGCAGAGGUACGUGUUUGACAUUAGUGCCCUGGAGAAGGAUGGGCUGCUAGGGGCCGAGCUGCGGAUCUUGCGGAAGAAGCCCUCGGACACGGCCAAGCCAGUGGCCCCCGGCAUCGGGCGGGCUGCCCAGCUGAAGCUGUCCAGCUGCCCCAGCGGCCGGCAGCCGGCAGCCUUGCUGGAUGUGCGCUCUGUGCCAGGCCUGGACGGAUCUGGCUGGGAGGUGUUCGACAUCUGGAAGCUCUUCCGAAACUUUAAGAACUCGGCCCAGCUGUGCCUGGAGCUGGAGGCCUGGGAACGGGGCCGGGCCGUGGACCUCCGUGGCCUGGGCUUUGACCGGGCUGCCCGGCAGGUCCAUGAGAAGGCCCUGUUCCUGGUAUUUGGCCGCACCAAGAAACGGGACCUGUUCUUUAAUGAGAUUAAGGCCCGCUCGGGUCAAGAUGAUAAGACUGUGUAUGAGUACCUGUUCAGCCAGCGGCGAAAAAGGCGGGCCCCACUGGCCACACGCCAGGGCAAACGGCCCAGCAAGAACCCCAAGGCCCGCUGCAGUCGGAAGGCGCUACAUGUCAACUUCAAGGACAUGGGCUGGGAUGACUGGAUCAUCGCACCGCUUGAGUACGAGGCCUUCCACUGUGAGGGGCUAUGUGAGUUCCCCUUGCGCUCCCACCUGGAGCCCACGAACCAUGCGGUCAUCCAGACCCUGAUGAACUCCAUGGACCCCGAGUCUACACCGCCAACCUGCUGUGUGCCCACACGACUGAGUCCCAUCAGCAUCCUCUUCAUUGACUCUGCCAACAACGUGGUCUAUAAGCAGUAUGAGGACAUGGUCGUGGAGUCUUGUGGCUGCAGGUAGCAGCACUGGCCCGCUGUCUUCCUGGGUGGCAUGUCCCAGAAUGCUGGUCACAAAAGCCCGUCCCUGCACUCCUGGAAUCAGAGAACCUGGGAAGCAGCAGCCAGAAGCUUCUACACCGCCUGCAUGAUAGGGGGUUCCCAACAGCCUUGCUCUUACUCUCUGAGUGGGACUGGGUUCAAGGUUCCCUUCUAGCUCCAAGUCCCCUUGUCUGAGGAUUUCUGCCCUUCUGCUGCUCUGACUGGCAGGGACAGACCCAGGGAGACAGACUCUGAAUGGGACUGAGACCCAGGAGACCUUGCUUUCCAAUGAGACUCAGCCCUCAACCUCUCCUUUCUGGUUUCCAGACUUUCCAGGGAGGGCUCCUCCUGGGAGGGCCCACAGGUGCCGCCCUCUCUUUUGAAUCACCAUUGUGCCUGGUGACUUCCUGCUGCUGGGGCAAAUGAGAUGCUGAUUGGGCAGCGGUGGGCAGGAGGGGGUAAGGGCUUGGGCCGGGGUGAGGAGUGUGAGGCUGUUAGACUGUUAGAUGAAAAUGUACAUUGACGAGAUAAAAAGCAAAACUGUUACUAAA